AUGCAGAUGGAGAAGUUAUGUUCCUGAUAUUUGGCCUUGGAUCACGUAUUACUGAAGACUGUGUGAAGCAAGUAGUUCCAGCACUUUUUCAUUGAUUACUUCAGAUUGCUAGCGAGAUACAUGUUGAAAAAGAAACACAAAGUAAUAUUUAGAAACUGUUUACAGAGAAUGCAUGCAUUUUUGGGUCCAUACUGCUGUAGCAAAGAAUUGAUGGAAAGGUACAGAAAUAUUUUACAGGAAUAUAGCAAUAGUGUUGGUAUGUAAUGAAGGUUUAGUCAUUAACACUGGAAUAGCCUUCACAUCUUGAAUUCAUACAGCUUAAAAAAAAAGCCAUACAGGCUUCUUUGAAAUCCUUUUAGAAGGCUCUAGAAUAUUUUAUUGCAAGAGUCCUGCAGAUUCAGGAGAGGUACAAUGCCAACACAGCCCUUACUGGCAUAUAUGGAGAGCCCUGAUGGUGCUGCAGCUAGCACUGGAUGUCCAGCAGAAAGUGUUGGGGUGCCUGCACCUCUUGUGGGAACCACUACAAUGUCGUAUAAAAGCUGCAAUGAGAAAAUUAUAAUACAUGCAGAGGAACGUUUACCUUUGGAAUGCAUGUUUUGUGAUGCUUGGUUUAAGCACCAGGAAGAACUUAGUAGACAUGUUGUAAGCCAGCACCGGCCAACUGUAUGUGAACCAGCAGUUCUGUGUAUUGAUGCAGAAUUCCUUAGUCCCACUGACAAAAAACGAAUUCAGGCAGACUCUCCACCACCAUCUGUUAACAGGGACAUUGAGGAUGAAAAAUUUAACUGUGAAGUUUGUGGAGAUUUCUUCACUGAAGCCUUAGAUCUUGAAGCUCACAUGAAAAUGCACAAAGAUUCAUUUACUUACUGGUGUAAGUUAUGUGGAAGAAGGUUUAAAGAGCCUUGGUUUCUCAAAAACCAUAUGAGAACACACAGUGGGAAGACUAAACAGAAGUGUCAACAAGAAUGCGAAAGCCCUGUAACCAUUAAUAAUGUUGCACAGGAGCACUUUACCAGCAGCGUUUCUUCUCCAUACAAAAUGUGCAUGGACUGCGGUUUUGUGUUUGUAAACAAGGAAACUCUGAUGGAACACAGAAAGGUCCACAGCAGAAAGUUGUUUGUUGAAGAAAAGGCACCGGAUGACCAUUUGAAUCCUAGCAAAUCUUUGUCACAGGUAGAGUUUUUUUCCCAUCUUGGCUUAAAACCAUACUGUACAAAAGAUACAGAGAAAAUGGAGAGUUCUGCAAAGUGGAUAGCCGAGCUUGAUCCUCUUAACACUUACCAAGCAUGGCAGCUGGCUACUAGAGGCAAAGUUGCAGUUUGCCCAGGGCAAGCUAAAGAAUCUACACAUGAGGGCAAUACCGAUACAGAAGACUUGUCUUCUGAGGAACUUAAUGAAGUUUGGACUGCAGUAAAAGAUAGUCAUGUGUUUGGUAAUGCUGAAGUCUGUGGGGUGAAAGCAGAAACUAUUAAAAAUGGACUUUCUCUUGACCUGUCACACGAAGGUCCAAAGAAAGACCAGUCUAAGCAUUCCAGUGGAGACUGUGCAGAUGGUGAAAGUGACCCUAGGUUGCCUCAGAACAGAGAGAAACCAACACACUGUUCAGAGUGUGACAAAGCCUUCAGAACAUACCAUCAGUUGGUACUUCAUUCUAGAAUUCACAGGAAGGACAGAAAAAGCAGUACUGCGAGUCCCACGCUUUCAUCCGAUGGUAGACUGACCAGUGCAAAUUUGCCAGACACAACUGCUACCACAGAAGAGAAUGCAGUAGCUGAUAGGGGUGAAGUAUGUUCAGAAGAUGGAUCAGAAGAUGGCCUUCCUGGAGAGGCUAAUUAUGCAGAUAAAUGUGAAGAUGGUUUUGACAGAGGAAAACGAAGUUAUGGCUCUUCCAAAGAGUGUACCUACUGUGGGAAGUGUUUCCGCUCAAAUUAUUACCUUAAUAUUCAUCUAAGAACUCACACAGGUGAAAAGCCAUACAAGUGCGAAUUCUGUGAUUACUCAGCAGCGCAGAAAACAUCUUUGAAGUAUCAUGUGGAGAGACACCAUAGAGAUCGGGCAGUUGAGGCAGUUGCAGUGGUGAAUCCUGAACCUGAAGUGAAAUCUCUAGCCCAUGAAAAUGAAUUGGCUUUUACCACUGACAAGGCUCAUGAAACUGUAAACACGAGGCUUACUGAAGGCGAUUCCCAAGAUAUCGACACAAAUGUGCCUUUGAGUUUGCAGAAACCAUGCCUAGCUUCUGAAGAGAUGUGCGAGAGUGAAGGACCCCUUUGCAUAAAGGAAGAGAUGAAAGGUUGUUGUAGUGAUCCUGGACUUAGUAGCUCACAUCCGUCAGUCAAACAGGAGAUAACAGAGUUAGAAAAGCCAAAUGUCAAGGAAUCUAAGCUGAGUAUCCCUGAUACUGAACUGGAGCCAUUUGCUAUUCAGGGCUUUGAAGGAAUUGCAGAUACUGAAGUUCAUGAUGGUGCAUUCACUCCAUAUAGUGCCAAGAAUAGGAAGGAAGAAGCAGAUCCUGUGACAAAGCCCCUGAAUUUGUCCAGGUGUGUGUCUCGGGAUAUAGUAGCAGACAUAAUCUGUAAAAGCUCCUUAAUACCUGGCAUUUGUGAGUUUUGUACAUAUAAAACUUUGCACCCAGAAGUCCUUGAAAUGCACAAGCGAUUACUUCAUAAGGACAAACUAGAAGGAACUCCCAAGAAUGGGUUUAAAAUUCCAGCUGCAAAUCGUGUCUCGAAUAGAAGACGCACUGGGUGUCCACCUGUUUUAUUAGGCAAGGACGUAGCUCCUUUGACAUGUUACCCAAAUAAAGUUAAACCUGUAACAUUAAAUGCAACUAAAUCUGUCCUACCUGGUACUGCAGGUACACUCCAGCAACAGAGUAAAGUGCCCUUUGCUUCAAGUGCAGACUCUAGAACUUCUGUUUCAGGCAGUGCACAGAAGUGUCAAAAAGUUCAGCCUGUUCCUGGCACUAUCAUGGAGAACAGCAGAAAGCACUGGGUUGAACCAGGACCCCCUGUGGUUAACAGCAGAAAGAACCAUGUAGCUGUAGUAACAUCAGUGCCUGACAACAGAAGAAACUAUAUGGACAUGGCAGCAUGCAUUGAUAAUAGAGGGAACAGUGUAGAUGGAGUAACAUCUGUGGAUACCAGUAGGAGGUGCCAGUUGGAAAUGGCUGCAAAACGAGGCUUACCUCAGUUACUGCAGAGAAUACAUACAGAUGGCAGCCAUGUGAAAAGAAACAGUGUGCCAUCUCCUCAGCCAUUUUUGGCGAAUGGGGAUCGUGUUGGUUAUGCAGAACAAGGAUAUAAUGGUGCAGGUGCUUUAUUUGGUGACCCAUCAAGAAACUGUAUCCUAGGCAAAACAGGAAGUCGUGCUUUUGAAUACAGUGGUCCCCCCACCAAAAGAACAAAGCCAGAGUUGUUGGUACUUGAUCAGCUAAGUUCAGCUUCUGAGAUUGGUAGUUGCAGAAGAGAGAUGGACUUUGACAAAACAAAUAUUCCAUGUAGAAAUCCAAAGCUACCUCAAGAAACACUGUCAACCAAGCCAGAAACGUCUGCACUACCAACCAGGCAAAUGCAUGUAACCUCAAAUGGGACCAGCCCCCACUGGAAUGUACUGAAUAUAUUAAAGAACUAUAAUCCACAUAACCUUCCAUUAGUGUACGGUACUGGGGUACCCAGGAGCACCGCUGGAUCAAAUGCCAUUACAGAAGGAAAGAGGCCUAUUUCUUAUCCUUACCCAAACCUGCUACAGAUGAGGACCUGUCAGAGCCAGGUUGCUAGCGCACAGUGCAGCUCUGCUCAGAAGAAAACAUGAGUUUGUUUUUGUUUUUUUAAAAAAGAUUUGUUUAAAGAUAAAGAUGUUCUGCUGGAGGGCUGUGACAGACUUUUUCCUCUGGGCGUGGGAGUUGCCGAUCAUAUGGAACAGAGCCUGUGAACAAGACUGUGUAUAACAGGCUGAUGAAACACUACUGGUUUAUGUUGGGCAAUCGGUUCACCUUUAUAUAAAAUGGCAGUACAGUUGUAUUCAGAGUAUUGGUUAUUUAAAUUAAAUUUGGGCGUUAACUAUUUUUGACUGUAGCUUCCAUGUGUCUUGUUUCCAGGAAAUAUGUUGGAUGUAAUUCUGGUUAAGGUGGUGAUACAGUCCCAACUGUAAUUAAAUAAAUGAUGUGUUUUUUUUUUUCCCCUUUCUUUAUA